AUGCGACCAUUAAAUUUAUUAACUGUCGGUGAAGAAGUUCUUGUUUAUUUAUCAUCUGGAAAAACUCAAAAAAGUCGAGUAUUAACAAUAUUUCAUCAUCAACGUUCAUCGGUUCGUUUCUUGGAAAUAUAUACAGUAAACAAACAAGAACCACUUCGUCUUACACCGUCACAUUCAAUUCUUAUCAAGAAAAAUACUAAGAAACAAUCUUCUUUUCAUUAUAGCUUCGCACAUAAGGUUGCUAUUGGUGAUUUUGUUUUUUCAUCGGAACUAAAAUCUUUACGAGUAAUUAAUAUCAAAGAAAUUAUACUUUAUAAUCAAACAAUUUCUACUCCAUUGACAUUUGAAGGAAAUAUUAUAGUAAAUAAUUUAAUAGCAUCAUGCUAUGCUACUUAUCGUCAUAAAUUUAUGCAUAUGCUAACAUUACCUCUUCGAUAUUGGUAUCAAAUAGAAAUGUUUUCUCAUUUUAAUUAUUUUAUUGUUCAUUUAAUUGAUUUUUAUUCAAAGAUAAAUUUUUAA